UCGAAAGUUUGGUUGAUGAUUAUUGUUUACAAGUUCAGAACAGUGGUUUGAAUUGCUAGUGUAAUUUUUUUGUCCUGUGUAUUUGAACAAUGUUUUGAUAAGACAGACUGCUAACUAUAAAUAUUAAAAAAAGGAUUUUUAUAAGCAACAUAUUUAUUAUUCGAAAUUAAGAUCAUGAGGCAGAGAUGCAGAUGGAAGAUAUACAUUUUCUUUAUAGCGUAUUAUGUAACACCAGCCUUUAGCAAUGAAGAUGAUUCACAAUAUAACAAAAGAGGUUAUAGACCAUUUUUCUCACCUCGCAUGGACUAUGAUCAAUGGAGGCCACUGGGAAGAGGAGACCCUUUAAAAAAUGAUCCAACGUUCGACUAUGUUCCACCUGUCUUGGAUAAUGUCCAAUAUUGGGUGGAUUCUAAUGCAAGAUCCAGUAGUUCAGAAGAAAGCAGAACCACAAAUGGUCAAAAAACCGAAAUGCUACUGUUAGGAGUACCAUCUAAAAAGCCGGCUAUACAGACUCUUGAAAAUGUUGCACAAUCAAGACAUGACAACAUUUAUGAGUCCGAACCGAAAUAUCAAGAUAAAACCUUCAACGUAAACCAGAAAAACUCCCAACCAAAUUUUUUAUCUUCAAUGACGUCUCAAAUUUUACCAACAAUUAUGUCUUUCGCAAACAGGAUAUUAGACAAAACAAUUAACUCAAAAGGGGAAUAUAUAAAACCGCCUUACAGUGUAUUAACACCUCCUCAAUUGGUAACGAGACCUCCAGAAAAUCACUUUUCAGCUCCAUCUUUAAGAUUUCCCAUUAGCCAAAAACCGGUGCUUCCAAAUCAGUUUUUGUCUUCCAAACCUUUCAACAGAAAUACAAGACCAAAUAAUGUGAAUGGUGUAACUGUAUUACCGUCUAACUUAAUAUAUCAGUCAAGCAGUGUGGGUAGUCACAAAGAAUUCGAGUCUGUCCCAUCUAUAAAUUGGCAGCUGCCUUCUACGACUGAACAGCAUAAAUUCAAAUUUAACGAUCAAAAGCUAUCACUUCCUAACACUGUAGCUAGAAUCCAAUUUUCAUCAAAAAAUAAUCUAUCAAACAGUAUACUAGAUGCUUCGAACAGUAAUCAUAAUUUCAAUUUUGUAACUCCACCUUCUUUGGAUGAAAACGAGAUGAUGUUUAAAGGCCACAUAAGUGACGAUAAUGACAUAUCUAAUAGUUACGUAAAAAUUGACAAACCUGAAGCUCAAAUGCACCAUGUAGGCAUUGAAACUAGUAAUGUCGCCUCUAUGCCUAGUUUUUAUUCACUGGCUUCAAAAAACUCACCGCUAAUGAAUUCUAAAACCAUUCAUAAUAUGGAAAUGAUGAAGCAAUCAAUGGAUGUACUAAAACCUUCUCCAGCAUCUGCAGUGACUGAUUAUAGUAAACCCAAUUUCUUAGCCAAUCUUUUACAAAAAGAAAAAACAUCGUUUGAAAAUGCAAAUUUUAUUGGAAGUAGCUCUUCGGUUAGUAACGCCAUUAUUACAAAUCCGAACGUAAAGCCUUCUUCUGAAGUGCCAUCCUCUGCUGGAAUAAUGGCCACAAAUCCUAUGGCAUUUUCUCCUGUAUCAUUUGUGAGUGAUUCGACCCAGAAAGCUAUACCAGAGUCUUCUACCAUGGUAUCAAUAUUAACAACAGAUCCAUUGUUUAAACACUAUAAACAGCCAGUAGAGCAAGUCACAGGUCCGGCUUAUGUUAUAAUACAAGGUCAUUCGAAAGUUAAAACUUACAAACCCACUAAACAACGCAACGGAAUAUUAGUAGAAGAAAGCAACUCCAUACCGUAUAUAUUAGAAAAGAAAUAUGAUUACAAAAUUAAACAUCUUCACGGCUUUGAAAACAAGAAAGAUUUACUGGAUAUUUCUGAUAAAAUAUCUCAAAACAGACAAGCACGAGCUGGAAAUCUACAUACCCUGAAGCAUAUAGUUGAAACAGGGUACGGUGCUAUUAAUAUCCAAGACACUGAUAUUGAUAGGAAGGAUCAUGAUGUUCAAGAAGCAGAAUUGUCGGCUAAAUAUAAAGUACAUGACGGGGAAUAUGACGUGAUGGAGGAAUAUCAUAAAGGAACAGUUGAAGAAAUUGACACGGAUAUUGAUUAGUAUGUGAAAUAGUUAAGAAUAAAAUGUGUGCCUUAUAUAAUUAUUUAUUUGAUUGUUGAAAUUUGUGGAAUUU